AUGGCAAAAUUGAAUGUAAAAAAUAAUGAAUUCCUGGAUAAAAGAAUUUGGACGUAUGAUGCGAAGAAAUCUGUGAAUGUAAGAGAGAGAACCGAUGCAAGAAAGAUGAAGACAGAAGAACUCACAGAAAACAUUGGACUUCCCUGGAAACUGCUUGAAAAACAUAACCCCUGGCCAGCCUAUGUCACAUACACCUCCCCGAUAGUGGAAAGACUCAUUGAGACAAGCAAAAUGGAAUGCAUGCAUGCUCUUGAGGAAAGCUGCCGGCCCUCGAGGCGGAAUAAGCCUUCCAGUGUCAUUCAGCUGAAAAGGAGAAAGUCAUCCAAGUCCUCCAGUGACGCUGUGUUCAGGGACAAGCUGUCAGAGAGCACGCUAUCGGUGUGGGGCACCUACUCCAUAUCGGCCAUGGGUCCUACCAUGAUCCCGGAACCCACACGCUUACAGAUAGAUUCCAGAGAUGGUCCCACCACCAACUAUAACAAGAUCAUCUUUCCCCGAAAGCCUAUGAUGAGGAUGCUUCCGUAUAGCUCGCUAUUGACCAGUAAGGAGAAACACGCAAAUGUUUAG